GACGUAGUGUUGCUGAACUGCAAGUAACAGGGGUGAAGACUACUUUCUCAAAGCAUCCUCAUGACAUAUCUCUGACAUUAUGUGUUCAUAGCCUUCUCCUUGUUGAUGCUUUACAGACAUAUGGUCCAGAUUUUGAAUUAUUAUUAGCUUCCCAUAAGCAUCUGAGUAUGGAUAGCGUCAGUGGCAGUCUGCGGGACAGUGAUCCUAGUUCACCAACAUCUCCGGGCAGUCCAAGUCCUUUAAGUUCCCAAGUUCGGAUGUCAGUUCCAACACCUCCUGCUGCUAUAUCAGCAGCUUUACAUACACUUCAGAAAUCAUCCAAAAAAUCUAUUGAAACUAGGAGAAGAUGGUCAUCUUCAUUGCAUGUUCCCAAGACUGAACACUAUGCUUCUGAUGCAUUGAUUAUAAUUGAAUAUAACUGGAUUGAAACACCCUCUUCUGCAGCUGGACCUUCUGAAAUUAUGCAAAUUGCAAAUGUUCAGUUCAACAAUUUAGAUGUUAUUGCUAAUCAAGAAACUAUAGUGGAACUUGUUGACUUUGUGAAACGAAUUGCCCUGCAGAGAAGCAGUAAAUCUGUAAAAAAAAAAUUAUCACCUGUUGAGGAAUUAAACAAGUUUGUAAAUGAAAAAGAGGUUUCUUCUUAUAAACACAUAUCCAGGACUGAAGUAACGUUUGAUUUUCAUCGUUUGAAUAUUUUACUUCUGCGAGCUCUGAGUCAAAAGCAAAAUACUUUAGGCCAAAAAGUUGCAACUGCAACUGUAACUGGAGCUCGAAUUCAAGCCACUAUAGGAAAUGUUAUUGAAAUUCAAGGCAGUCUUGGUGGACUUCAAGUUCUUGAUUUAAUCACCGAGAAUACAAAGCAUCAGAAAAUUGUCAGCAUAGGUUAUGACCCAUUAAUUGAAGAGCAUAUUGAUUUAUUAAGCCGACUUCAAGAAGAUAUGUACAAACCAUUAACACAUUCUGCUAUCUUAGAACCAAUGUAUGCUUUAACAUUUAAAAUAACAAGAAGUGAUAAAACUGUAUCUCCAUGUGUCUCUGAAAAUUAUAAUUCAUCAUUUUAUGAUGAAGAACAACUUAAGCAGCAAGGUUAUCUUGACAUUAACUUGCGUAUGGCAUCUUUGUGUUAUACUCACUCACCACGGCUGUUAUAUGAGCUAUCCUCAUGUGCUACAGAAUUUAAAGCUUAUAUGAGCUCUUUAGCAAGUUCAAUCAAGACUGCUGCUACUGAAGUGGCUAUUGGUAUUGUAUCAAAAAGAACUGGAUCUAUUAGUGCUUCAAUACAUGGCAACCAGCCUGAACUUGGGCCCUUCAGGUCUCGUUUUGAAAGUAUUGAUGAACUGACAGAUGGAGAUAAUGUUUUACAUGUAGAAGAUUUGGAGGAUGUAUCUGUAGACAUGCAGUUAGAUAUUUUAUUGCAGACACCAAUUGUAGCAUUCCCAUCAUCACCUCAAAGUGCAGAUGUUCUUAUCGCUCAUUUAGGACGCAUUGCAGUGCAGAAAGGAGCACCAGGAAUUUUGAACCCUGAUCAGUUUUCUCUCAAAUUUCAAGAUUUCAAUGUGUCUGAUAUUGUACUGAUUGAAAUACGAGAUAUGAAUAUGCAUUUUGUCAAUGUGGAAAAAAGUGCUCAAAGUUUUUCCACUGCAUUAAAUUCUUCUGAUAUUGCUAUGAUACCAAAUUUACAUCUGAAAGAUCUGUAUGCCAGUGAAGAUAAAAAUCAACUUAUUGUUCAUGAUACUGUUGUCGAAAUUAUUGUUGGUUCAGAUAAAAUAGAUAUGGCAUCUGAAGUUCCUUUUUCUAUUUCUCAGGGAAAAUCUAGCAUUUUGUAUGAACAGGAUAAAAAAAUUAAUCAGAUUGAGGUUAAAGGAUGUGUAGUCAAUCCUUUAAAAGUUGUUCUAACUAAGCAUCAAUUUCAGCAGAUGAUUAAAGUUAUUGAAAAUUUAACAUACUGUAAAGAUUCCUCAUCAUUGGAGAAUUUUGAAUGUCUCUCUCCUAGAACUGAAUCUUAUGUUGCUGAAGAGUUAUCUUCAGAGAGUGAGAAACAAAAAUUAUCUCAUACUAGUACAGCUACAUUAGAUAAAACAAUUAAAGUAUCAUUCGAAUUACCUGAUCUAAUCGCUGAAUUGCGAGGAGAUUUGUCCGACAGAGAAGAAGGCAUUGUAAGUUUGAAAUUCCAAGAAUUUAUUUUAGAAUAUUACAUGGAUAAGAUGUAUGAAGCUACAUUGUUAGUUACUCUUCAAACCCUCUUGAUGGAAGAUUUGAGGAACAUGGAUGUAUCUCACCAUUGCUAUCUCAUGAGUUCAGUCAAUCAGAGCAAAAUAGCUUCAUAUUCCAAGCCACCCAAAUCUCAAUAUAUAUCUGUUUCAUGUCCAAGUUUGUCUGAUGCGAACUCUGCAUUUUAUAGCACAUCUUCAAUGUCUUUACCAGAUAAAUUAUAUACACAGAAUAUGUUCUCUCUUCAGAGUUCAUCUCGAAAGGUUUUGAUUGGUAACACUCAUCAAAGAUCUAUAUCUAAAAGUGAAGAUAGUUAUCCAAGUACUCCUCCCCCAUCCCCUACUAUAUCCAAAGAACUUCAGCCACAGCUUUCUCAUGAAGCUUUGGUGUUUAUCAAUAUAACUUUCAUAGAUAAAAAGUCACCACAAUUUGCCACAAAAUAUAAAAAAACAAAUCGUUUCAUUGAUAUAGAUUUCAAUUGUUUAGAUAUCGUUCUAAAUUUGCAGACGUGGGUGAUGUUAUUGGAUUUUUUUAAUUCAAAUAGUGAUGCUGAGCAAGAAGUAAGUGAAAAAAGCUACAUAUCUUUUAAAAAUAGUAGCUUUGCUUCAAAAAAAAAUGAGCAUAGCUUAGAAGAGGUUACAAAUUCUGAAAUUCAAUUGAAAGUCAAGAGCUUAACAGUUAUUCUUAAUAAACCAGAAUAUAAAUUAGCAAGUGUCAAUGUUUCAAAUUUUAUAUCAGAUAUGUCAUUACGUGAACAUACAUAUAUUAUCAAAGGCACACUUGGUAGCAUAUCAUUGAGUGAUUUAUCCCCACAUGGCUAUUUGUAUCCAGAAAAAUUUGUAACAACUGGCAGUGAGGCAUUGCAUUUUCAUAUCUUUAAAUAUAGUAGUCUGAUUUCAUCAUGGCAAACUGAUUAUGAUAUAAGUAUUAAAUGUCAAAUGAGCUCAGUACAAUAUGUUCAUACACAACGUUUUCUUACAGAAGUGACUGCCUUUUUUCGCCAUUUUAACGAAAUGCAAGAGCUUAUCAGAAAAAUCAGACUUGCUGCCUCUGGUACAGUUGUAAGUACAGAAGCUGUCAGAGGAUCGCGCAUCUUGCUAGACAUUUCCGCUGGUUCUCCUGUUAUUGUAAUUCCACAGAGUUCCUCACUGAAUGAUGUCCUUGUAGCUGAUUUAGGACAAAUUACUGUCCGGAAUAUGUUUCUUCCUGCUGGUAGUAAGGGCACUAUUAAAUGUUCCAAAAUAACCUCUGACAUGCAUUCUGUUGACAAUCAAAAUAGUUUUGACACUUUGGAAUCAAAGCUGGACUCCUGUGAUAGUCAUAAAGUAAGAAGACCAUCACCAGAGGAUUAUGAAUGCCUUUUGGAUGUAAUCAAUGUAGAAUUAACAGAUAUGGAUUUAUAUUCUGCCAUUCGCAUAAAGCAAGAUAAGAAGAAUAAACACAGAAGAAAUACUACAAUUUCACCUUCUGAAAAAUAUUUGGUAUUUCCCUCUUUUAUUAUAAAAAAACAAGGAAAUGAUUUGCUUCAAGAAAAGUUUAUGCUUAAAGUGCAAGUUGAGAGAAACUUGGAUUCAGCUAUUAGUCACUCAGCUCCUGACUGGGCAAUAGAGGGAGUUGUUUCAUCAGUCUAUGUUACUUUAGAUAAAAAACAAUAUAAAUUAAUAUUUGGGAUUCUUAACCAGAAUUUGGGAGAACCUUUAGAGGAGUUCUCAUAUGAUCCAUGUUCUGAAAGCGAGCAGUUUGUUUUAAUGGAUACAGAGGAUAAAACAUGGACGACAAUGGCGAUUCAUAUGGAUUUAGUAAAUGUCUCAUUGGAACUUUUAAGAAAUGAUGGCAUAGUUAACAAACCUAGUGAGUGCUCAUUGGCUAAGUUUGAUUUUAUUAAGUCACGAUUGUCAUAUGAAGCUUUCUCUGAUAACAGUCGAGAUAUCGAUUUAGUCUCCAAUAUGGUCCAGGUAUCCGAUAUUCGUUUUAAAGAUGCUCCAGUAAAUAACCGCCCUAAUGUGUUUACGAAAAUUUUGCAACCCAUUAAGAAGAAAGAAAACAGUGGUUCUACUUUGCAAGCUGAAGUUCAUUAUCGGAUCACUCGUGAAUUUACACGUUUUACUGUUCUGCUUAAUAACAUGAGAAUUAUGGGAGUUUUUGACUUUCUUCAGUCAGUUUUGAAAUUUUUAACUGUUUCAAACUAUGAAUCUCAGGCAGAUUCUCCAGAAUCACUUCAGAAAUCAGUUAAGAACAAGUAUCCUGUGAAGACUACAAUAAAUUUUGAGAUUAAAGUAAAUGUAACUGAUACUGAAUUUGUUGUUGUGGAAGAUACAUCUUUAUGGGACAGUAAUGCGGUAAUUGCAAAAUCGACAGCUGUCAUUACGUGGAAGCCUGAUUAUGCUGAAAAACCACUUUCUUGUAGUUUACAAAGCCUUGAAGUUUUCUCUUGUAUUUUAGGAGUAGAGGAAGACACAGCUCUUUCAAUAAUUGAUCCAUUGACAGUAAGCAUUGAAAUAGUGAAAAAAACCAAUUCUCCAAUUAUUAGACUAGAAUCUUCUGAUGUACAUCAUAUAUUAGAAAUAUCAACCAUGAAUUUAAAUCUCCGUCUGUCUUAUUAUGAUAUAACAAUGUUUUUGAAAAUCUUUGAAUCUAUUAAACGUCAAACAGCCUUUCAUACCAAGUCAAGUGUAACAUCUACAUCGAAAGAUGAAAACCAGUUUAAUUCUUUUGACGUCAGCCGUUUAGCAAAUCUUGGAUUCUCAGCUGAAGAUUGUCAAAAAGCAUUAAGUGCUUGCAGAGGCAAUUUAGAUGCUGCUGCAUUGUGGCUUACUGAACAUGCUUGCCCACAUUUAGACUUAGCAAAUGAUGGGGCUAUUAGUCCUGCUGAAUAUCUUGCUACAGAACCCAAUACUGUUCAGGGUAUAAAUGUGACUACUGCAGAAAUUCGUAUUAAUUCAUGUAGCUUGUGCAUCAUUGAUGACUGUCGAGAUGCAGAUGUUCCUGUGAUAGAACUAAACUUAUCAGAUGUAGUUUUUGUACACAAGUUUCUUUCUUGCCCUGAAGGCAAUGGGAAUUUUGGCUUUAGUGCAGAUUAUUAUAAUCGUGCAUUAUCUGGGUGGGAGCCAGUAGUAGAACCGUGGAAGUGUGGUGUGAAAUGGAGACUACAACCCAAUCAAUCUAAACCUGGCAAGAGAGUGAUGUGUACCAUUUCUUCUGAAGAUGCAAUUAACUUGAAUGUGACAUCCUCCCUUAUUGAACUUUAUAGAACUGUUAAAAAGAACUGGACAGAAGAUUAUUUCAACAUGAAUACUAGAAAUAAAGAAGUAACAGCCGAACUGCAUAGUCCUGGUUGUUAUCGACGGAGAUUGCCAUUUGUGCCAUUUGCUUUAAAAAAUAACACAGGGUGCAAAUUAUGGUUUGCGACUCAAAUUACAGCUGCCCACCAGCAGUCUCUUGACUUUCAAAAUCAAACAGCACCUACCCAAAACAGCAAAUUUGCAUUAAACUGGACAGAAGUACCUUCUGGUCAUCUGCUUCCUGUUCCAUUUGAAAGCAGAUCAAAAAUGCGGCACAAGGAUUCCCAUGCUAUGAAAAUACACCAAAUCAUAGUUAGGAUUGAUGGUUGGCUUCCUGUAUCUCCAGUAUCUGUUGAUAGAGUGGGAACAUAUUUUAGACAUGCCAAUCCUCAAAUAAGUCAUUCAGCUUCAAUAUAUACUGAAAAACCACCAGCUAGAAUUGUGUUUGUGGUGACUCUUGAAGGGAGUGCCCGGAAGCUGAUUACUGUGCAGUCUUCUCUUCUUGUUGAAAAUAAAUUAGGAGACACAAUUGAAAUGAAACUGGAAAAUUCAGGAAUACAGUAUGGUAUCCAAAGUUUGUCACUAUAUGUAAUACCUGAACAGAUUUUGCCAAUACCAUUACCUUUUGUACAUGCUCAAAUUUGGGCUCGACCAGUGGACAAGUCUGUUACCUUUUGUAAUUAUAGUAUUGUAUGGAAUAAUGUUACCAAACCUGGGGAUAUUAAAGGUUCUUUAAAACAAUGCAGUUCUGUUUUGAAGUCCUCAGAUUUCUAUAGGUAUUUAGUCUUAGUAAAAAGAAGGAGAUUCCCAGUUGAAAAGGAGUCAAGUUCACCUCUUCCAAUUGUACAGCCAGCUCAUAAAAUAAUUUUUGCCCCAUCUCUGGAAAUUGUCAAUUUACUGCCAUAUGAACUUCAUUAUACAUUCAGUACAUUCAAAAAUACAAGUAUUUUAGGUUAUAUUAAAUCAGGUAAAGAAAAAUCUCUGCCUAAUAUUGAUAUCAGUGAACAAUUUACAAUUAAAUUUUUCUUAGAAAAUUUUAAGCGUUGUAAAGAUGUAACUUUGUCUUCUACAUCACGACAUUUCCCAUCUCGCAUUGAAUUAUGUGAUAAUCAAGAUCGCUUACUUGUACUUCAUUUGAAAGUAAGAACAUUGCCUGGUGGAGCUCUGAAGCUUUUCAUUACUGCUCCAUAUUGGCUUGUUAAUAAAUCAGGUCUUCCUUUAGUAUUUAAGCAAGAAGGUACAAGUGUUGAAGCAGCUGGUCAGUUUGAAGAACAUGAGCUGGCUCGUUGCAUGGCUCCACUUCUAUUUUCAUUUGCUGAUCGAGAAGCAAGUGCUAUGUGCAAUAUGCGAGUUGGAAGAUUUCUACAUCCAGAUGGUAUUCCGCAGUGGUGCACAAGAUUUCACAUGGAGAAAGGAAUUAGAGUACGAAGAUUGCAUGUCAUGAGGAAAGAUUCAAGACCAGACCUGGUUUAUAAUAUAGGUAUAGAAGUUCGAGUUGGCAGAGGUCGUUAUGGGGAUACUCAUAUUGUAACAUUGUCUCCUAGGUAUCAGAUUGAUAAUAGAACAUGUCAUAAAUUAGAAUUUUGCCAAUUGUUUGCCACAAAGGAAAAUCGUCAGUUUGUGUUAACUGCUAUGCCAAAAUCUAGUCUACCUUUCCACUGGCCUCGUAUUGAUUUAGAUAAUUUGCUUUGUGUGCGGCAGUGUGAUAUUGAGAAUUGCCACUGGUCAGGUGGUUUUGCAAUUGACAAUAUUAAUUCAUUCCAUAUAAAUAUGAGAGAUGACGAGGGAAAAUCAAACUUCUUAAGGGUUGAGAUAAUUUUACAAAGUGCCACAUUUUUUAUUAUUUUUACUGAUGCAGAUAGACUGCCUCCACCUUUUCGUAUUGACAACCUUUCUGAAGUUGCUAUAACUUACUAUCAAACUAAUGUUGAACAAGAGAGACUUAAGACAUCAAUCAAAGCCCAUUCUUCUAUCCCAUAUGCAUUUGAUGAGCCUACUCUUCCUCCUUAUAUAACUUGUUGUGCUCCAGGAGGUUCAGCUGCAACAUAUAAUAUGAAUGUUUUUAGAGAAGGCAGCCAACUGUUCUAUGAAAAUUUUAUCUAUAUUGCUUUUACUGGAACAUUUCUUGAUGGUGCAGCUGUAUCACCACCACAUCCUUUAAUAGGUAAAGAGUAUGUACUUGAUGUUGCAUAUGGAAAUAAAGUCGUUAUAAAUAAAAGAGAAGCUGGGAAACGUUCUCAGUUGUGGAGAAUGACUAGUGUAGGUAUGUUACAACAUGAAGGAUCCAGCCCUCCUCGGGACCCUCACAAACCAAAUUCAUCAAAUAAUUCACGGACGAUGGUGUUAGAUAUUGCUGCUUUAGGCCCUCAACCAGGAGAAUUCAUUCCCCUUACACUGAGAAAACCAGAUGGGAGAAGACAGCAUACACAAACGUGGAAGUUCACAUCUGAUGGCCGUCUGUGCUGUGGUUACCCAAAUAUGUAUGUGCAGGCAAAAGAUGGCUUCAAAGGAUUAAGGAGAGGAAAUGAGGUAGUUCUAGGCCCAAGCAUGCUUGUUAGUUUUGUUACACUAGAAAACGGCAUUCCUAUAGAACAAGCUAUUUCUCGUCGCAAACUUCGAGGAGGAUCUGGGGUUUUAACAGUUAAAGUGUUUCCUGAUGGACCAACAAGAGUCUUGCAGAUAACUGACAUAAGUAAACAACAAAAUGUUUCAAGAACCUCUAUUGAUACAGACUGGGUUAUGGUGGAUGGAAGUCAUCAAAGCAAAACUAAAAAUGAGGAUCUGUCUUAUUCUGAAUGCAAUAUAAAUCAACAUCUUGAGAAUACUAGUAAUGAUAUUGAAAUACAAAUUUGUUUGCAGUUAUCUGGAGGUUUGGGAUUAUCUUUGGUUAAUCACUUAACUGAGGAACUUGUUUUUAUAUGGUUACAUAAAAUAAUGAUAGAGUAUAGUAAAUUUUCCUUGCUUCAUACUUUCUGUGGAAGCAUAAAAGAUAUACAAAUUGACAAUCAGCUGAGAGAAGCAGAAAAACCAGUCUUGUUGUAUGUUACUCAGCCUAGUAAGUCUGACGAUCAAAGGCAUUUACCAGCCUUGCAUUUUACAAUACAGAAAACAUGUACUCCUGUUAUUAAUGCUGAUAUAUUCAAGCAUUUAAUAAUCACUGUGAAAAAUUUAACUGUAUUACUAGAAGAACGACUUCUUUUAAAAUUAUUGCAAUUUGCUGGAUUUCAUGAAUCAGAAAAUGAAGCAGAAAGGAUGGAUGAAAGUGAAAAUAAUCAAAGUCAGAAAAGUAUAACUGAGACCAUGGCAUAUGAGAAAAGGUAUUACUUUAGUACUUUAAAGCUUUGCUUACAGCAAAUAAAACUAAGUGUUCUUACAAGUAGUUCUUUACCACUUGAUCUGCUUCAAGUUAAGAAAAAAAUGGGGCUCAGAUUAAUAAGGUUUGAAGAUGCCACCAUUGAACUAGAUCCCUUCUUGAGAGUUCAUCCUUUUGAAACAGCUGAAUUUUUAAUUGAUAGCAUUGUAGAACACUACAAAGAGGAACUCAAAAGUCAGGCUGCUAAAAUUCUGGGUGCUGUUGACUUUUUAGGUAAUCCUUUGGGAUUAAUGAAUGAUGUGACUGAUGGAUUUUCAAAACUUAUUCAUGAAGGGAAUGUUGGAGGCCUUUUUAAGAAUGUUACUCAUGGCUUGUCAGAUUCUGCUGCCAAACUUUCUGGAAGUUUAUCUGAUGGUCUAGGUUUAGUGACUAUGGAUGAAAAACAUCAAAAAAUUCGAAAACAAAUUAGGCAGCAAAGUGCAUCCACUGGUAAUGAUCAUCUGAUGGCAGGACUUAAAGGAUUAGGGUUUGGUUUAAUAGGUGGUGUAACUAGUGUCUUCACCCAGACAUAUGAAGGUGCUGUCCAGGAAGGAGUCCAGGGAUUCUUUUCAGGUCUUGGCAAAGGUAUAGUUGGAACUGUAGCAAAACCUGCAGUUGGGUUUUUGGAUUUUGCAUCAGGUGCAGCAAGUGCAGUAAGAGACACUAGCAAAGGGAGUACAUACACAGCAUUGACACGAACCAGGCCUCCACGUAAUUGUGUUGGGCCUGGAGGUUUACUUCCAAGAUAUUCAUUCCAGGAAGCACUGGGCCAGGAUUUCUUAUACAAUCUUAAUAAUAGAGACUAUAGCGAACUAUUUAUAGCAAAGGAGCAAAUACGAUCUGGUUCAGAAGAUCUGCAUGCACUUAUUUCAAGUGAACAAGUAUAUUUCCUUAGUAGUGGUUCUCCUUCAUCAAGUAAUGUGGUACUGACUGUUCCUUUCUCAGAUUUAUUCAAAUGUAGUUACGUAUGCUCCGGUGCUGGAGUAAUUGGAGAAAUAAGACACUAUUUACAACUUACUAUGAAAGCAGACUCAUCUGCUGGUUCCGUAACUGUUCCUAAUGAUUUAACAAGCAGAAGACAUUCCAGAAGUAUGUCAGCUGAACCUCUCUGCAAAAAGCCUCAAGUUCGUUGCGAUUCAGAGGAAGUUGCACGAAAGGUAUGACUUUAAUAAUAAAACAGAAUGUUCACACUUUUUACAUAGCAUCACAAGAAUAUAUAACAUAUAGACAUAAGAAAUAUUAGAAAAUUUGCUGAAAUAAGAUUUAAUGAAGGUUAGUAAUUAUAUAAUAAUUGUUACAGUGUUGCCACGCUACCUGGAAAGCCAGAAAAAGUCAGGGAAUUUGAAAAAUGAUCAGAAAAGUCGGGGAAUUUAAAUAAUUUUCAUAUUUCGGGUAGCUGAUGUAGUUUUCGCUGCUUCAAUUAAAUUGUCUUUUAGAAAGGCAAAGUAAGUUUCCAGCAACUUUGGUUUCCAGUAACCUGAGAAUCGAGAGACUCACAUGUGCAGUGCAUGAUGAACUAAAGAAAAUACCUUCCCAUUCUUGUAUAAACCAAUUGGGUUAACACAUCGAAUCGGUAAAUAUACAUCUACAUGGGA